ACCGGAUGCCCCCACUUCCAAAACAGAGUCGGGGCAGAGGCUCGGAAAACUCGUUAGCCUUUAAGUAGCCCUACGAUUGACACAGUCAUAGAGGCAGUGCAAGUGCAGCGGCAUCCUGCAGACGCCCCUUUCUCUCUCUCUCUUUCUCUCUCCCCCACUCCGGCUCUGUCUCUCGCUCCAGUCUGGCCUGACGCAGGCAGAUCGAAAUCACCCUUAACAACCCAGCCUCCGGUGGAGUGGUGCCGGUGGGGUUCCGUUUAAGAUUAUGUCUCUAAUCCUCCUUCCGUAGCUCAGCGCGGCUCGCUGCCAAAUCGCCCAGCCACACGGCGCAGGCUGGAGGCGUGUUUAAAGGGCGAGCGGAAUCUGCCGGCGGCAGGUCGAUCGGGAGCGAUCGGCAAAGUUGGCUGAAGUGGGAAGCUGCGGCUACUUCGGGGAAAGUUGCUGGGAGCGGGGGAGAGACAGGCUGCGGAGGAAGGCGCCCCGGGCCCGAGGAGGAGUAUGGGCACUUUGCGGGAUUUACAAUACGCGCUGCAGGAGAAGAUCGAGGAGCUGAGGCAGCGGGAUGCUCUCAUAGACGAGCUGGAGCUGGAGUUGGAUCAGAAGGACGAACUGAUCCAGAAACUACAAAACGAGCUGGACAAGUACCGCUCGGUGAUCCGGCCCGCCACCCAGCAGGCGCAGCAGCAAACCUCCAGCACCCUGCAGGGGGAACACAGGACCAAGAGGCAGGCAAUUUCAGCCGAGCCCACCGCAUUUGACAUCCAGGAUCUCAGCCAUGUCACCCUUCCCUUCUACCCCAAGAGCCCACAGUCCAAGGAUCUAAUAAAGGAGGCAAUCCUUGACAAUGACUUCAUGAAGAAUCUAGAACUAUCUCAGAUCCAGGAGAUUGUGGAUUGUAUGUAUCCAGUGGAAUAUGGCAAAGACAGUUGCAUCAUCAAAGAAGGAGAUGUGGGUUCACUGGUGUAUGUCAUGGAAGAUGGAAAGGUUGAAGUGACAAAAGAAGGUGUGAAACUGUGUACCAUGGGACCUGGCAAAGUAUUUGGGGAGCUAGCCAUCCUUUACAAUUGUACCCGGACAGCAACCGUCAAAACUCUCGUAAAUGUGAAACUUUGGGCUAUUGAUCGGCAAUGUUUUCAAACAAUAAUGAUGAGGACAGGCCUCAUCAAGCAUACUGAGUAUAUGGAAUUUUUAAAAAGUGUUCCAACAUUCCAGAGUCUUCCUGAAGAGAUCCUCAGUAAGCUUGCUGAUGUCCUAGAAGAGACGCACUAUGAAAAUGGAGAGUACAUUAUCAGGCAAGGGGCUCGAGGGGACACUUUCUUUAUAAUCAGCAAAGGAAAGGUAAAUGUUACUCGUGAAGAUUCACCCAGUGAAGAGCCAAUCUUUCUCCGCACUUUAGGGAAAGGAGAUUGGUUUGGAGAAAAAGCACUUCAGGGGGAAGAUGUCAGAACAGCCAAUGUCAUUGCUGCUGAAGCAGUAACUUGUCUUGUCAUAGACCGAGACUCUUUCAAACAUUUGAUUGGAGGUCUGGAUGAUGUUUCCAACAAGGCCUAUGAAGAUGCAGAAGCAAAAGCAAAAUAUGAAGCCGAAGCUGCCUUCUUCGCCAACCUGAAACUGUCUGAUUUCAACAUCAUUGACACUCUUGGAGUUGGAGGUUUUGGACGAGUUGAACUGGUCCAGUUGAAAAGUGAAGAAUCCAAAACAUUUGCAAUGAAGAUACUGAAGAAACGUCACAUAGUGGACACAAGACAGCAGGAGCACAUACGCUCAGAGAAGCAGAUAAUGCAGGGGGCUCACUCAGAUUUCAUUGUGAGGCUAUACAGGACAUUCAAGGACAGUAAAUAUUUAUACAUGUUGAUGGAAGCCUGUCUAGGUGGAGAGCUUUGGACAAUUCUCAGGGACAGAGGUUCAUUUGAAGAUUCUACGACCAGAUUUUAUACAGCAUGUGUGGUGGAAGCUUUUGCCUAUCUGCAUUCCAAAGGAAUAAUUUAUAGGGACCUCAAGCCAGAAAACCUCAUUCUAGAUCACCGAGGUUAUGCCAAACUGGUCGAUUUUGGCUUUGCAAAGAAAAUAGGAUUUGGAAAAAAAACAUGGACUUUUUGUGGAACUCCAGAGUAUGUAGCCCCAGAGAUCAUCCUGAACAAAGGUCAUGACAUUUCCGCAGACUACUGGUCACUGGGAAUCUUAAUGUAUGAACUCUUGACUGGCAGUCCACCUUUCUCAGGCCCAGAUCCCAUGAAGACCUAUAACAUCAUAUUAAGGGGGAUUGACAUGAUUGAAUUUCCAAAGAAGAUUGCCAAAAAUGCUGCUAAUUUAAUUAAAAAACUAUGCAGGGACAAUCCAUCAGAAAGAUUAGGGAACUUGAAAAAUGGAGUAAAAGAUAUCCAAAAGCACAAAUGGUUUGAGGGCUUUAACUGGGAAGGGUUAAGAAAAGGUACAUUGACACCUCCUAUAGUACCAAGCGUUGCAUCUCCAACGGACACAAGCAAUUUCGACAGUUUCCCUGAGGACAAUGAUGAACCGCCACCUGAUGACAACUCAGGAUGGGAUAUAGACUUUUAAUGUAUUUUUCUUACCUGCUUCUGCCUUGCUGAAGACAGCUUCCUGAGACAUGGCUGCCAGCAAAACUGAAGGAAUUGGGGAGGAUUAGUGCUCGGGGUCACCAUGAUGCCUUGAUUGAUGCUGCUACAGUAACUACAGUGGCAUUAGGACUUAUUGCUUAGAUGACAAUAGUGCUCUUCACAUGUUUUAUGUUUGAACUUAUAAUAGCAGUUGACAUGGUGGUCCUGAAGCAAGCCUUUUCACCAGUAAAGAAAUAUGUUUUCUAUCACUGCAAUUAUCUUGCUAUGCUCUAAUUAUAAUUUGAAAGAUAAUAGUGUAAGAUACACUUAAAGCCAGUAUUUUACAGCUAGAAUUAUCAGUAGGAACAAAUAGUAACUUAUUACGUACUAUAGUUAUCUAUGGUACAGAAUGUGGGGUACUCCCACACUUCAGAGUGAGUUUAUAGGGUCUUUUAUUGCAGGCCAGUGUGAAUACAAAGGAGGACCACAAAACUAUAGGUCAAUGAGUUCAUGUCAAAGCAGUGCUAAAAGUUGUCCUUUUUUCAAGCAGUAUUCAUGACAAGACUGAAUGUUACCUUUCCUUUUUCUUUCUGACAGAUUUUUUAAAAUGAUACAACAAAAGCACAACUGCUACAGUUUCUGUUGAGAACUGUUAAGGCAGGUAUGGGUCGGUUUUCACAUACAACUCAGAACAUGAUGUAACUAACAUCUAUUUUUUUUCUUUUGGUACAAUAAAUAUUUGCAUGGAAAAAAUCAUAAUUAUUCAUUCUACAUAUUAAAAAAUUGUGCUUAAAUAACGGUCCUAGAAAUAGAAUGACAACAACCAACUGGUCUUAUUAAUUAUUAGAAAUAAAGACUGAUCUUAAAAUAACCUGUAGCUUUUAGAACCCGAGGAGGAAAAUCUCAGACCCAUAACAUACUGUAUAGGUGCUAUGUACGUCUUUCAUCUGUGAAUAUAAAUGUUCAGCAGUCAGUAAGCAUUUCAGAGAUAUGUAGCAAGAGACAUCAUCUUUAGUGAUGCUCUAAAAACAGAGAAUCCUUUAAGUCUCCACAUUUGCAUCUUCUCUGCUUUUACUCCACAGUAUUUGGGAGCCAUCAUAGUGUUCUGACUUUUCCUGCUUCUUUAAAAAUAUAUCAAUACCGAGGCAGUUUGCAGAUGACCUGGCUUUAUUUUUUAUCAGUAUAUUUCAAAAUGUAACUAAACCAAUGUUUUUGGUUACAACACCGUAUUAUAACAAUGAAUCCUAAUACUCUGCCUGGAAUAAUGGAUGGGAUUCUGAUGGCACACCACAUAAAUGGAAAACUAAUGUGAGAGCAACACAGGUCUACGGUAUUUGUGUGAGAUCUGCUGGCACAUAUAUUUGCAGUACACAGACACUUCAGUGAUUAUCCUGAGGUGCUGCAAUGGCUACACUACAAACUGCUAUAAAAAAGAGAGGGGAAAAGGAUACUAUAGGCCUGAAUUCUUUUCUCACUUCAACUACUUUUACAUCACUGUAACUCCAGGACAUCAGUGGAGUCACUCCUGAUUUACAAUGAUGUGAGAAAAAAAAAUCAAACCUCGUUUGCCAACUAAUCAGAGAUGUGUUAGAUUGAAUGUAAGUUUACCCCCUCACACUUAUAAGAGGUAUUAGUUUUCAGAACUUGCAAUAGAUUUUACCAGGGCCUCAUUAUAUUAAUUUGAGCAGCAUAUGAUGCCACAUCUGAUUAUACCAUGUUAUAUAGAGUCAAAAUAUGUGACUUAAUUUGUUGUGGUCCAUCACAUCAUAUAUAUAUUGAAGCCAUUAAAAGAUCAACAUUUCCCACAUUUGGUACCACACAGUUAUCAUGGAUAUCUCCUGUUCUAAAUUUACGGGAAGACUAUGGUAAUCCCAAAUAACACUGUGCGGUAACAGUCAGAAGAUGUUACUUUUUUGUGGUGACCACUGUACGCAUACUAAUAUAUUAGCAUAUUAAUGGCAUACAUGAUUUUUCAAAGCAUGGGAAUCUAGGAUCUGAUCUUAUCCCAUUGAAAUCAAUAGGAGUUUCACUACUGACUUCAACAGGAGCAGGCACCUAGUUAAGAUUUUGUUUCAUUUUUGUCUUUACCCUUAAAUACAGGAGAAGCAAAUAGUAGGGGAUUUAUCAAUAAUAGAAUGCCUACCGUGAAUACAUUUUAGCAGCUUUUCAUAUUCAUAAGGACAUACAUUGGUUUAAUAGAGCAUUUUAACGAUAACAUUGUCAAAUAAAUAGAAUAAUAAAUAUACCAACAUGAUGUCUACAAUUUGCCAGCAGACUAGAAAGCCUCACUUACCACAGUUCCCUUUAACUAAUCUAUUUCAUUUAUUUUUACAGUUACAUAUACUCGGAUGAGGCAAUAUCAGCAGCACAAAAUAACUGCAAAUUACUUCUACUAUUUAUUAAUCAUGUGUGGCAUUGCAUUAAGAUUUGUACACUUCGAAGCAAUCAUAAAAAUAAUAAUAAUGACAUCUACCAGGAACUACUUGUAUACAAGUAUACCAUAUACUUAAUUUUAAACAUUUAACUUAGGGAUUUAAAAUACUGUCUGAAAGCAGACACUAGAUACUAGGGCUAAAACAGUCUCACAGUCAUCUUAGUAAAAAAAAAUGUAUUCACCUUAUUUUUGCAUUAAAGCUGGAUCCCUCCACCCCCAUUGUCUGACAUGGAGUGAUGUGGCUACAUUGGACAAUGAAACUUGUUUAAUUUGUUAACUGACUUUCUUGUUAUACAUAAGAACAUGAAGAACAAGAGUUUAUCAUCUGUCUCAAUUCUAAAUAGUUAUUAUGAUAUGAGUACUUGGGAUUCAACUAUCAAUUACAAUAAACUGAAGAAUUGCCAAGAGAAAAGAGCAUCACAAUAUUUUUUGGGUGAACUGAAAACAUUACAGGAAGAAUGUUUCAAAAUGAGCUUGUUAUCAAUUACUUUUGUUUGUUCCUAUCAGUUUUGUCCUUGUGCCACAUACAAUAAUAUCUGAAUCCUAUGGCAUGCAGUAUAUUAAUACAAAUUUAUUUUGAUAUAAAUCUUCACUCAACUUUAAUCUUCUUUACCACGUAUAUUUUAAAUAAAUUAUCAUAUGUAUGUGAAUAACCCCUUCAUUUAUAAUUAAUAUAUCUGAUUUACAUAUAUACAUUCAUAUAAAUUGAUUGCCUCAGUAUUUCCACUUGUCUCUUUUUCUUUAUGCUUCCUUUAUCAUAUAUGGAAAGAUGAUGUAUUUACAUAAGGAGAAAUCAGCUACCAUAUUUAAAACAAGCGUGUUAGCAUUGGGUUCAUAAGAUACAGAUGAUCUGUAGCUCAUCACACUGCUGCAUUAUUCAUUAAAAACUCUUAUUUAAUAAUAGGACCAUAAGCAAAUAUUUAUGUAAAUAGAUAUUUUCGUGUCGAUAUUUUGUGGUACUCAUAUAACUUUUUAUUUGGCGUUCCAUGGCAUUAUUACUUCAUUUUUCUUAUUUGUAAUGUAAUGUUUUAGAUCAAAGUAGACUUGAAUUAAUGUCAUAAUUGUCAGUAUUAUUGAACUUUGUCAACUGUACUCUUAUUCAUCUGUUCCAUAGUUUAGAACAUGACCUAGCUAUUUGGCAUUGUUGCAAGUGCCUUAAAUUCAUGGCAUCCUAUAAAAAUACAAAUUUGGUGUUAUGCUGCAUGACAAAGACAAACACACCUCAAAAUGUUGUCCUUUCUUAGCUUGCUGCGUUUUACAGUUCUUUCUGCUAACAAUUUAUAAGCCUUUAUUAUAUAAUAUUGAUGAAUUACAGAAAUGAUGAAGUUGUUCUCUUAUUUCUGUUAAAUGUACCAGAGCUGUGAAUCUGUUAAUGAGAUACAGCGUCAUUUCUGUGAAAUGUAUAAAUGUACGUGCAGGUCAAAUUAAUAUAUGACAUACUAUCAGUCUGUAUACAGGUAUUCCUGUUUUGCUAAGCUGUGCAGAUUUAAAAAACUAUAGUGCAGUAAAGUUCUAACAUAUCAUAUUUUAUAAACUCCAUUACAAAUGUUCCACACAGACAAAUGAUUAGCAAUUAACUGUAAUUUACACCAAACAAAAUCACAUCUCAACAUGAAACCAAUGACUACAAAAUAAAUAUCUUGUUGCACCACUCAACAAAACAGGAUCAGUGCUUUAUCUGAGCUCUUGUAUAUGCAAAUCAUUUCUGAGGCAAGCUCUCACCACACCUAGAAAGCUAAAUAUUGAAAGUAUGUUAUUAGUUCUCUUCUUCCAUAACUGUCUACUACAUAAACAGACAUAGCACUGAGACUUUGACAAUUUCUCAAAUGUUUCAGGCUUUACUAGCAAAGGGAAAUUUCAUUCAGAGUUGCCUACCAUACUUAUUCCAAUGUAUGCUGUUUUUACACUGGUUGUUUCUUUUGUAUACUUAUGGCUAUAAUUCUUUGGUUUUCUUCUUACAAUGGAUUCUACAUGAAAGAGUUUUUUGUUUGUCAAAAUACAAUGUCUGUCAUCAAAUGGUCACUGACCAGUUGCACUCUUUUGAUGUAGAUUUAAGAACUUUUUUUCAUAAACUUAACUGCUUUUGUUUUGCUCUGUAUUUUCCCUGCAGCUGUAAUUGCUGAGUGCCUGUUGUAUACUUUAUAGAGUUGAAAUAAAAUAAUUA